UGGCUCCCGCCGCGCUCGCUGCGCUGCGGCCUACCUGCCGAGCUCCUCUGGCCUUCGUCUCUUCUGAGGUACUUUGGGACUGUGGGACUUUAUUCGUUGUACCCGCCCUGCUCUCUGAGCAGUGGGGGGGAACUGCUGAGACUGUUGGUGGUGUUCAAGCGUCCGCCAUGGCCGAAGCACCCUCCCAAGUGCGACAGAACUAUGACUGGCACUGCGAGGAUGCUGUCAACACCCAUGUCCAGCUGCGCCUCUAUGCCUCCUAUGUGUACAUGUCGAUGGCCGUCUACUUUGACCGUGAUGACGUGGCCCUGGAGAACUUCAAGCGUUUCUUCUUGAGCAAGUCACACAGCUGCCAGACCAGUGCCGAGAUGUUCAUGGAUCUGCAGAAUAAGCGUGGAGGCUGCAUCUCCCUUCGUGACAUCGCGAGACCUGAUCGCGAAAGCUGGCUUGGGGGCUUUCAGGCCAUGGAAUGCGCCUUCCACAUGGAGAUGAUGAUCAACCAGAGCCUGCUGAACAUGCACGAAGUGGCCAAGGAAAAAGGCGACGCCCACCUCUGCCAUUUCCUGGAGCAAAACUUCCUGGAUCAGCAGGUCGAAAUUCUGAAGGAGAUGAGCGGGUACCUGACCAACCUGCGCCAGAUGGGGGCCGUAGAGCAUAACCUGGCUGAGUACCUCUUUGACAAGCUCAGCCUGUCGUAAAGCUUCAAGUGGACUGAACUGGGAUGUCCCCACUGCCAUGGGGUCUUUCUCUGGUCAUUACACCUGAUGUUCAUGUUGGUUUUGAAGCAAAGUUCACUCAUUUUCUGUUGUUUAAAAUAAAGUUUGUUUGUUUGCAGCAAAAU